CAAGGCCCGCCACAGGCUAAAACACACACACAAAACUGGAUGGAACUAAUUUCUGCGCCGUAAACCAUCGAAAUAAGGAACAAAUGACCCAAUUUUGUGCCACUAUUUACGUCUGUUAAGAAAUGUUUGUUUGGGUGGACGAGAAGAAGAAGAAGAAGAAAGUUUUUGUUGGAGGCGAGGACGGCCGAGAAGUUACGUUAGCCUCCUUCCUUUAUCUUUUGGCGGCCCUGUGUCUUAGGGUGAGGGAGGAUAAACAGUGUAAUGCCAUUGGAAAGCAAAGUGUGGGGAUAAGCAGAAGAGAGGACCAGAAGGAGGAGGACUCACGAGGAGAUACAGGUCUGAAGAGGAAGAAGAAGAAGGCAGCAGCGAGUCGUCUUUCAUGCUGUCGUUCAUAAAUUAUAGUGCGCUGGUGUCUUAGAUAAGCCAGUGUAACGCCAUUGGAGAGCAGUGUGCGAAUAAGCAGAGGAGAGGACCAGGAGGAGGAGGACCCACGAAGUCGUACAGGUCCUAAGAGGAAGAAGAAGGCUGCGAGUCGUCUUUCAUGCCUCAGCUGACGACCUCGCCGCCCUGCACGACCCUCGAGAGGACGCAGCGGACCCCCUGACGAGAAACAAUGCCGAAGGUGAAGUCAGGCCGUGUGUAUGGCGGCGUGUUCCCCGAGUACGAGCUGCGGCGCCGUGAGGCUGGGCUGCGGCCUGGCCUGGGCUGGGAGUCUGGGCUGCGGCGCUGCCUCUACUCGGCCAUCACGCCAUGCACCUCCUGGGACCCUCACGACCACGACCCCAAGACGGGAUUCGUCGGUCACGGGGGGGUUUUCAACCUGGAGUUCUCGCCUGAUGGGAGUCACCUGGUGGCGGCGUGUGAGCAGCGGGCGGUGAUGGUGUUUGACCCACUAUCUCGACGGCAGGUCCACCACAUCCCCCACGCCCACGAUAACUGUGUCAACUGUAUCAAGUUCCUAGACUCCCGUGUGUUCGCCUCCUGCAGUGAUGACCAUACGGUGGCGCUGUGGGACGUGCGGAACCUCAAGCGCCGCAUCCGCCUCCUCCAGGGGCACAGCAACUGGGUCAAGAACAUCGAGUAUUCAGCCGCUGAUGGCAUCCUCGUCACCUCGGGCUUUGAUGGCAAGAUCCUAGGCUGGGACAUAAAUGGGUGAGCGGGUACGGAGGAGAGCCUGCUGCCAACGGAGCUCUUCAAGAUGCAGGGGCUGAUGCGGAUGCGACUGAGCCCAGAUUGCAGCAAGUUGGUCAUGUGCACCACCGGCGGAUACAUGGUUUUGGUGCACAACCUGAGCCUUGAACACCUCGCCCAGGACCUUCAGGACUUCAAGCCGAACAUGUACCGCCUGAUGCAGCUGUCAAACACGCCGCUGCCGCAGGCCGCCAUGUUCACCCACCUGUUCUAUGCCCAGCGGAACCGCGUGGAGUUCAUCUCGGACUUCCCACACUCCAACGAGGCGGAGGUGAUCCACUCCCUGCAGGUGCAUCCCCAGGGCUGGUGCAUCCUGUCCCGCAACACCUCCAUGGAGGACUCAUCCGAGUGGAGCUGUGUGCAUGACAUCCAGGAGCUCGGUGUGACGGCCUGCAAGGACCAGGAUGAGGACGAGGACAAUGCAGACACUGGUCCUGCCGAUGACCUGCUGUCCUACGAUGACGUGCCGCCCGCCGCCACCCCCGAGCCUGAAGUGCAUGUCGGGAGCAGCGGUGGCGGCGGUGGCGGGGACAGCGGAAACGGUAACGGCAACCUACACCUCUCAGUCACCUUUAGCCCCAGGAUGGAGAUAACGCUACGCCACAGCCCCAGGGACGAGGUGGAUGACGGGGGCGGGGGUGGGGGCGGGGGCGGGGGCGGUGGUGGUGGUGAGGCAGGAGGCAGUGGCGGCGGUGGUGGUGGUGAUGGGGGGGUGGCCGGGGGAGGGGCCGGGAUAGCUGGGGGUGGUGGGGGUGGUGGCGGCGGAAUUGACAUCCAGUUCCGCUUCACAUCGAUGGAUGUGUUUGAGGCGCUGGAGCACAUCCGGGAGCGGCGGGAGGAGCAGCGGCUGAGGCAGGACCGCCAGCGCCCCGCCCGGGAGGCCGCCGACAGUGGCAGUGGCAGUGGCAGUAGCGGCAGCGGCAGUGGCAGUAGUGGUAGUGGUGGUGGCUCCUCCUCCAGUGGCGGCAGCAACGGCGAGGCAUCCUGGGAAGCCCUCCCACGCCUCAACCGCAACAUGACCUUCAGCCUCAGGAACAGGCGUGAGGCAGGCCGGGAGGGCAGCGGCCGGGAGAACACGGCUGCGGGGUCCGGCGGUAACAGCGGCGGCAGUGGCGGCAGAACAGCCCCCUCAGCCUCCCUAGACUCCCAGAACGCUUUCUACAUCCGCACGGGUUCAGGCAACCACCGCGCCAUCUUGCUGCUGCGGCCAGGCCAGAACUACCCGCGUUACUACCGUACGGUGGACCCAAACCACAAGAUUGCGCGCAACAUCCCGCGCCUCACCCACUACAUCGAGGAGCCCAAUGUGGGCCGUGGCUUCAUCAAGGAGCUCUGCUUCAACUCUGACGGCCGCCUCAUCUGCUCGCCCUACGCCCAUGGGGUGCGGCUCAUGAUGUUCGACCGCAACUGCUCGGAGCUGUCCACCUGUGUCCAGGACAAGCCGCAGACGCUCUACGAUGUCUCCACCAGCAACUGCCACUCAAACUGCGUGGUCAGCACCAAGUUCUCCCCGACACACUGCCUUCUAGUCUCUGGCUGCCUCAAUGGCAAGAUCGUCUGGCACCAACCGGUUCUCUAGUGCCGCAGCGAGGGCUGGUGUGCUGUCGUGUAUCUCAUGAUGGGGUGGGCAGGUGUGGGGAGGGGUGG